AUGAUUGUCUGGAUACCACGUAUUAUACCAUAUGUUAAUAGGAUAGCACUAGCGCGAGCGAGAAAAAUCACGGUAUUUGCGAGAUUCAACAGCAACCACAGCUCCAGUAAAGCAAAUGAGCUCCACUCUCCGCACCCACCGAAAGCAAGCAUAAGGUGGUUCUGUGCCUCGGAUGUACCAAUAUCAAAACCAGAGUGGUUCAAUUAUACCAAGACAAAGGACCCAGAGUCAUUUCUUCCCUUUUCCGAAUAUGAUUCGAACCGAUUAGAGCGGGCAUUCAAGAAUAAAUCUAGCAAGCCAAUUGAAGUUAAUGAAGACAAGCUCUUUGAGGUCAAUAUUGACAAGUUCGAGUUAAAUCCCGUAUACUGGGAAGGUCCCAUAUAUGAAGUACGCCGAGGCCUUUGGUUCAACACCGAUGGUACUCCGUUGUCAAAUGAAGUUUGCAAAAAACUUGAACAAGGGUACGGUAGAGUUAAACCGUAUUUAUUUGAAGGGGCAAUGAGUGAAAAGAAACAAAAGGGUAAUAAGGACAAAAUUUCCAAAUUUAACAAAAUGCAAGCUGAAGAGGAAAAAGAUGAGCAAAAGAUUGAUUUAACAGGGCAAAAGGACGUUUGCGACCUUGACAAUGGACAACUUGUAUUGUAUUUCAAUGAGAACAAGGCUGUCAUGUUUCCUGACAAUUACGAUUCCGAUUUCCAAAUUGACGCUAUACGAUACUUUGGACCUAACCCUGUUUCAUUGCUUGGAGUCAACCAUAUUCAGCGUGGUUAUACCGAAGAAUUGCAAGAAAGCGUAUUUGACAAGUUACCUGAUAAUCCAUUACCGAGCAUUGCCGACACAUUUCAAAAUGAAUUUGGCAAUGUCUUGGGAAAAUUGAAUUUCGAAAGUGAUGAGUCCAAGAAAGGAGAAGUAAGUGAUACUGCCAUUGACAAUGACAUUGACGAUAAGCACAUGCAACAAUAUCUUGAAGCUGAUUAUGAUCUAGACACUUCGGAAAGUAAAUCCAAUCGAGAAAUUGACCAUUUGAUCUUUUGUAUUCACGGAAUAGGCCAAGUCUUGGGGAACAAAUACGAGUCAGUAAACUUCACCCAUAAUAUCAAUGUGCUUCGUAAUACAAUGAAAAAGGUGUAUGAAGAGAAUGAAGAUUAUCAAAAUCUUGCAUACCCAGACGGCCACGCCGACAAACACAAUAACCGUGUUCAAGUUCUUCCUAUUUCUUGGAGACAUCGUGUUGAUUUUUCUCCACAAAGGACGAUACAAGAGAAUAAGGAUUCACGAUUGCCAACGCUUUCACAAUUGAAUGUUGAGGGAAUAAAGGCGUUGAGAAACAUGGUUGGUGAUGUAGUCCUUGAUGUGUUGCUAUACUAUGAACCAAAGUAUCUAAAACAAAUAUUCACCUCGGUUACGUCGGAGUUGAACCGCGUUUACAAGUUAUACAAGGAGAGGAAUCCUAAUUUCAAUGGGAAGGUGCAUAUUUUGGGCCAUUCAUUGGGCUCUUCCAUUGCUUUUGAUAUCCUCUCUGGACAGAGUGGUACCAUCAAAGGUUCAAUAGAUGUGAACAAGGACAUAGGCUUUGACGUUGAAAAUUUGUUUCUUGCUGGUUCCCCAGUUGGAUUGUUCAAGCUUCUUGAAGGUAAGAAUAUCGAAGCCAGGACAACCAAGGGCUAUGAACCGUCAAAAGAUUCAACAGCAGUGGCGCCAAAGUGCAAAAACUUGUACAAUGUGUUUCACCCUUGUGACCCAGUUGCCUAUAGGAUUGAGCCAAUGGUUUCGCCAAAGUUUGGUGACUUUAAACCUGUCCCCAUCAAGUUUGCCGUCAAAGGGUUCAACAGUCAAAUCACAGAGUUGGCAAGUUAUGGUGAUGAGAUCUCGGAAAAGAUUGCUCUGGCGGUCAAAUGGUUGAAUCUUACAAAGAAGGACAAAAAUACUGAUGCUAAAUCUAUUGAAGAAAAAGCAAGGCAAGAGAAUGCAUUGGGUGAUAUCAUUUCGAGUAUUGCAUUUACGGAUAAAGAAGCCGAAGAUGACAGCGAGGACACUAGUACGAAGAGAAAAUUGACACCUAAGGAACUAUCUAUACUCACUUCAUUGAAUGAGACAGGAAGAAUAGAUUAUAGUUUACCCAUGGGAGUGCUUGAUCUAAGUCUCAUAUCUGCUGUCAGUGCCCACAUCUCGUAUUUUGAAGAUGAAAAUACCGCCGGGUUCAUUAUGAAAGAGGUUUUGUCCAAGCAUCAGCCACCAAAAAGUGAAACUGUAACUGUAUAUUAA